CGAUUUGACAUUCGAUUUGAGAAAAACUCGCUAUAUGCUCGACUCAUUUUUAUCCGAGCCGGCUUGUCAUCAAGUUCGUCUUGUUGUAAAUGAAUCGAGCUCGAGCCAUGACAUCAUUGACAUGUUCAGCUUGAUAGACUUUCUAGCACACUCGAAAUCCUUUAAGUAUUUGUUGUUGAUGUUUUGUGAGCUGAGUUCAAACUCGAAGUUGAGAUACAAACUACAUUUUAUCAGCGGACCCCAAAAUUUGAUCAUUAAUCUCAUUUGGUGACCCGUGCUCAAGCUUGUUUUGUAACGGGACAAGAUCAAGCUUGUCUAUCAAAGCUAGUGUCAAACUCGAGUCGAGUUCGAACUCAAAAUUAUUUUAAGGGUAGAUUGCAAGAUUGGUCACUGGAAGUGCUAGAAUAUUCAUGUAUGGUCAUUAAAAGAGUUUUAUUCCAUUUGUGGUCACUAAAAGUGCUUAACAUUUCACGAUUGUCACUCUCCGUUAGUUUCCGUCAGCCUCCGUUAACACCGUCAGUUUUGUUGCUGACGUGGCUAACACAAAGUCUAGUCACCAAAUUUUGAUUAAAAAAAUUAAAAAUUGAUCCGCCACGUCACUAAAAUAUAACACAUCAUAUAACCCAACCCUUACGAUUCUUAUCGUCAUGCAGAUCGAUUUGGAUAACUCUUCCACCGCUUCAGGGGAAGUUAGCGACUCUUCCACCCGCGGAAAUAACCUUUUUCUCUAACAUAUUCAUAUUUAUUUUGUUGAGCCCUAACCAUGACAUCAUUAACAACCUUCACCUUGCGAGUUGCCUUCACAUUAGGGAUGGCAAUGGGUCGGGUCGGGGACGGAUAGUGCAAAUCCGUUACCCUACCCAAAGUAGUUCGAGUUUUACCCAUACUCAUACCCACAAGUGAAACAUGUAGAAAAUUAAAACCAUGCCCAUACCCGUUCGGGUUUCGGGUAUCCGCGGUUAUCCAUGUGUAAAGAUUUUUCUUCAUAACUAUAACCAAUAUGUUAACAUUCACACGUAUUCUCACAUUACGUAAGAAGAAAAGUACGACAAUAAUUCACUAGAAUGAAGAAAAUUAAUUAAAACAACACAAUUUCAUGAAAAUAUUAUAUUUAUAUGCUAAAUAUAAAUAUUUUGGAGAAAAAAUGAUUAUUUCUAGACAGAAUACAUAUGCACGUGUAUAAUCGGGAGAGUUCGGGUUGGAUAGUGAGAAACCCAUGCCCACCCAUUACCCGCAAUAUUCGGGUUCGGAUUUUACCCAUACCCACUAAAUGUCCUUCGGGUUCGGGUUCUACCCUACCCGAUUAGGCCGGAUUCGGGCGGAUAUCCACGGUUACGGAUAUUUUUGCCAUCCAUUUCACAUACUCUAAUGGGCUCAGCUUUCAAAAUUUAUGGGCUUGUGGAAUUUUUGCAGGCGUCUAUUGUAUUAUCAUUAAGAAACGGGUUUAGGAAAUGGAAGCCCAAACGUCAGACCCAGGCCCAGUUACCUGGAUUGUAGUUCCUUCUUUCUGGUUAAUCACCUCGACUCGAUGUUUCCCGAGUCUUCUGACUAGCGAGUCUCGAGCGCAAGAGGCAUUUUCCCAAAGGAGAAGAAGAAGAGGAAGAGGAAGGCAAAAGAUGGUGAAGGUUUCGACCUACUUCUUGAUGUCAUUGGGUGCGUUCGCCUUUUGGCAAUCGAUGGAUAAGCUUCACGUCUGGAUCGCUCUUCACCAGGAUGAGAAGGUAAUCGAUCACCCACCCAAAAGCAUUUCUGCAACAUUUAUCAUCUUCAUCAUCGGAUUCUGGUUUAUCUGAGUGCUUGAUUUGUCCUGACUUAUGCCUCACUUUUAGCGCCUUCCGUUUCUCUAAUCGAAACGGGCAUGAAUUUUCAUUUGAGUUUCACCAUCUUCGCUUGGGGCCAGUGAAUGUAGGAUCUGUAGAUAACCUAAGAUAGAGCAGUUUUGAGCGAGGCCCGGAACUGGACCCUUGCAGUGUAGAGGAUGUUUGAGUUUCACAAGUUUGGGUACCUGGAAAUUCAAUGUGGGAGGCAAAUGUAGAGUAAAACAAACAUGAGAUCUUUUGGGCUUGGUUUACAAUGCUAGGGUUGGUUGGUCCUGCAUUGCAUUUCUGUUUCCUUGCUUAUAGUUGAACCCAGUGCAAUUUAAUUGCUAUAUAGUGUGUUUGGGUUUAACUUUAAUUACCGUCAAGCGUGCAAGCUGUUGCUGAAACCCUUGAGUUGAUUUGAGUUGGAAGCACUACAUCCCAAUGUCUAUUUUCUAACAAUAUGAUCGCUUGAUUCAGUGCAAAUAAAUGGAUGUUAUAGUUAUAGUUAUAGUCAGAGAAUCCUGGUGAUUCAAUUUGGAUUGAGAAAAUGCUGCUUUUUUUUUUUUAAACUGUGAAAAGGCUGCUGGUUGAUGGUUGAGCUGGUCCUAUGCGUUGCUGCUAGUUUUGCUUGAAUCAGAUUCGAAGUUUGAGGCAUCAUCUACAUUCAGGAGUCGUUCCAAAGUCUCGUUUGACGAAAUAGAUUUCCGUCAUGUCGGUGCAAAUUAAACUGACGGUAUGGGACUUUCACGUUCAGCGAACAGGGUUAUUAGAUUCGGAUUGAGAAAGCUGUUGGUAGAUGGUUGAAUUUGAAUCAUGCAUCUUUUUUUCCGCUACUAUACUCUUGCUUGUUUAUGGCAGAACCGCAAAAGAAGAUGAAGCUGCCUAAUGUAUGCUUGUACUUCGUUGACAAGGAUGAGCUGGGUUCUUGAAAUGUUUCAUUUGUCAUUUUACCUCUUGGUUCAGCUGAAAUGACAGAGGGUUUUGGAUGCUCUAGAUACGUGUUAAGGGAGCAUGCUGAGGAACCAAUUGUUUUGGAAUAUGGUGCUUCUGCACCACGCUUAGCAAUUUCCAUGAGCACAAGAGGGGCCUCGUGCUGUGUGCACUCUGCAUCUCUAAGCUUUGUAAGAAAGCGGUUUUAAAAUGGGAAUUUAUGCUACAAAGCCUUAACGGAACAUGCAGGAAGAACCAAGUGUUUUUUAAUAUGGUUCUUCUGCAUCAAUCUUAGAAAUUCCCAUGAGCACAAGAUGGGUUUCAUGUUGUGUUUUCCAUGUUUUCUGGGUUUGAAACUGUAUUUGAACCUCACCCUCAUCGUGCACAUUCGAAGUUUUUUUUUUUCUUUCCAUAUAUGAACCUCAAAACUUUUGCAUUCUUUCUCAGCAGAAGAUUUCUCAGUAACUUGGGUCUCUCUUGGAUUGUUUCAGCAAGAACGGCUUGAAAAGGAAAUGGAGAUCAAGAGGGUUAGAGCAGAGCUGCUUCAGCAAGCCAAGGACAAGGACACUCUUGCUUGAGUCACUUGUCCAGCCAGCUCCUAAUCGCCUAGCUCUCGUAUCCUCCGAGGUACCGAUACCAUGGAAGUAAUGUCCCGUAGUGUUCAGUGAAAAAUAAUUGGGUCGCCAAAUUUAUCUGCGCGGUUUUUAGACAUUCAGCAAACUUUGUGAAUUUGAUGGAUGCUGUAUCAAGAAAAUAUUGAGUAACAACCGAGGAUAUGAUGUACUAAGCAAUCUUUUACCUUAUUGUAGUCUUUACGUCGAUGUAGUGCGCGAGUGUCGGUGGUGGAUACCCUGAUAAUAAUACGAAAUGUUCGUU